GUGUAGACAAGCAGCAGUGUGACUUCCUCAAACAGACGGACGGACACCACAUCGUCUGUACUCCUACCCCAGACCCACCCCAGCCGUUCAAAUGCACCCCGACAAUAAGCUGACCAAUCAUGGCAAGCAAGUGAGCAGCGACAGCCAAUCCCAGCUCUCCAAUGUGACCCAGCAGCAGGAGGGGGCCAAUAAGGGCCUGGGGGCGGGCAACCCUGGCCUGAAGGCUGUCAGCCAAUCGGUGAGUGGCGUUGGGGGAUGAUGAAGACGAAGAGAGAGAAGUGUGUCCAUGGACUCUGGGGAACAGAGAGACACUAUCACCCCUGUGCAGGAGCUUGACGCCAAAGUAGAAGGAGUGAUGCGCAGUAAACGGCGAUGUGUGUUGGAGAAGAAACAGCCUUACAGUGGAGAUGAGUGGUGCUCUGGCCCCGACACUGAAGAGGAGGAGGACAAGCCACACCCUGCUACACACCCUGCUACACACCGGCCUCUCCAGGGUCUCUCCGGCCCAUCCUCCAAAGCUGGGCCAGUGCCCCUCCCCUGACCCAGCUCUGACCCCUGGGAUGGGGCGUGGUCUGGGACCAGGAGGUCAAGGUCAGAGAUGCCUCGCCCCGCUCAGCAGGUGGUCUAUGUCUUCACUACCAGCCUGGCCAACAGUGCUGCUGAAUCAGUGAUGCACGGCCACUCAGACUCUAUUCUCCUGUUCCACCAGCAGAACGUCCCACGGACCAAACAACUGGAGCAGUGUGCCCCAUCAGGGAAACAUCCCAGUCUGUCAGGGCAGCUGAGCUCCAGCAGCACCCCUCCCAUGGGCACCCCCAAGUCCCAGAGCGGCACCCCCAGACCGGCCUCUGUGGUAGGGAGCCACCUUCAGGCUGCGGGAAGCAGGACACCCUCUUCCACGGGACACCCCGACUCUGAGCCCCCCCAGAGCAGACCGGGGGGUCUUGGAGCCUCCAAUAACAUUAGCAGUACUCCCUCCCACCAGCCAGGGAACGCUGUUGCACCUAUACCUUCUGGCCCAGGCCCUGGGGGUGGAGGUCGUCCAGGGGAGGGGAAAGGGGUGCUGCCUCACCCCAGCGCGGGGGUGUCUCCGUCGGGUAGCCCCUCGGUGCUCUCAGCCCACCUGCAGGUCGACGUGGGGGCGAGGGGCGGGGGGGGUCCGGGGGGUAAUGGAGGAGACGGGGGUCUGUCUAAAGAACAGCUGGAACACAGAGAGAGGUCUCUACAGACCCUCAGGGACAUCGAGAGGCUUUUGCUCCGCUCCGGGACAGCAGGGGGCGCCGGAGAGCCACCAGGCCCCAACAACAACCCCAACAAUGUAAACAACAUUAACACAGAAGGUAGUGGCGGCGGUCCGCAGGAGGACGCGGAGAAUAGCGGUAAUAAUAACAACGAUGCUAACAACAUGUUGCUUCCCCCUAUGGGUAAGAUGAAGAAGUACGAGGAGCCUCUCAGGUCCAUCAUCUCCCAGGCGCAGCAUCUGGGGGGGGCAGGGGGGAUGGACGGCUCUCCCAUGGGGGGUCCCCACCACCCCGACCGCCACCUCCACUCCCCUGGCGGCCUGGACAUGGGGACCCUCUUGGGUCCUGACGGAUUGACCCCAGAGCAGGUGGCCUGGAGGCAGCUGCAGGAGGAUUAUUACCAGGAGAAGAGAAGGCAGGAGGAGCUUCAGCCUAACCCUCACACACACCCACAGCACUUCAGAUUGAUGCAGGAGAUGGGUGCCCCGGUUAUGAUGAGGGGUCCCCCUCCGCCAUACCACAGCAAGUCUGGGGAGCAGCAGUGGGGGCCCGGGGGGCCCAUGAUGGGUCCGGGAGGGAUAGGACCGGGAGGGAUGGGGCCCGGUAACCCUCGGAUGAUAGACAUGCACCAGGAGGGGCCCCGGGGGCCACGGUUCCUGGGCCAGAUGCAGAGGGUUCCCCCUGGAGGGGGGGGGUUUCCAAGCAGUCCUGGAGGGGUGUUAUCCAUCGAGGGUCUCAGCCCCCAGCGGGCAGCCAGGCCAGGCAUGUGGAUAGAGGACCUGCCCCCCAACAUGAUGGGUGGUGGCAGGGGGCCAUUCUACCAUGGGGGGCCAGGUGGGGGACCCCCCCAACACAUGCAGGGUGACCCUGAGCGCAUGCUGACCCGGGAAGAUAUGUUCCGCAUCAUGGAGAAGAGGCAGCUACAGGGGCUCCACCACCUGGAGCUGGAGAGGAUGGUCCAACAACAGGGUAUGGGGGGCCACAGGAUGAUGGAGGGGCCAGGUGGGUUCCCCAACCAGGGGAUGGGCAGAGGGCCAGGGUCAAGGGGGGACCCCAUGGACUUCCUAGGAUCCAGAGAGAUGAUGGGGUCCCCGGGCGGUGGUGUAGGAGGAGGGGGACCCCAGAUGAGAGAUCUGGUAGACUCCUCUCUCGGCCCAGGGGGGAUGAACAUGAACGUUAACAUGAUGAAGCAGCAGCAGCAGAUGAUGUUGCAGAAGCUGAGAGGAGGAGGAAGAGGAGGAGGAAGAGGAGGGCCACUAGAGGGUCCUUUAAGGGACUUGCUGAGCCAAGAGGACAUCGCUCGGAUCCGGGCCGCCCAGAAUGAUGCAGGACAUGGAGAGAGUAAAGUGAUGCUCCAGGGACCAGACGGCCCGCUCCACUUCCCCAACCAGGGGCCCUUCCCUGGGGGACCGGGAGGAGGCGAUGGGGGUUACCUCCAGGGACCAGACGGCCCGCUCCACUUCCCCAACCAGGGGCCCUUCCCUGGGGGACCAGGAGGAGGCGAUGGGGGUUACCUCCAGGGACCUGGGGCUAACAUGUUCGGAUUGCCUGACCAGCAUGGUGGGGGGCCUCACAUGGGGGGUACGUCUCGCCUCAGCCACAUGCCCAUGGGUGGUGGUGGUGGGGGACCCCGGGGCGCAGACCUCGGCCCCCACCACCCUUCGGACCUGUCCAUCAACGUGAACCCCGGGAUGGUCUCCCCGGCGAUGCCCCCUCACCAGCUCAAGUCUCCAUCCCUUAACCAGGAGCCAUCGCCUCUCAUGAACUCCCCCGCCGCGGGACUUAAGUCCCCCUCUCAGCUAUCCUCCGCUGGGGGUCCUCAGAGCCAGCAACACCCCCUACCCCCUGCCUCUGGGGCCGGGACCCCCUCCUCUUCCUCCAUGAAGUCUCCCCAGGUGAUGGGCCCCUCCCUGGGUAUGCGCUCCCCCUCAGACUCCCCCGGACGUCUGAAGUCUCCAGCCAUAGUGUCGUCAUCCUCUCCGAAGACCGCUCUACCCAGCCCUGGGGGACUUGGCAGUGGGAAGGGGCUGGGGAAUGGAGGCAGCAGCUCCAUAGAGACUGGACCAUCACUACCCCCCAGGAGUUCUAACUCCACCCCUAUCAGCCAGCCUGGUUCCAUGGCUCCCAGCAUGCCCUUCACCUCAUCGCCAGACAACCCUCCUACUCAGAACCCACUCUCCCUCAUUAUGUCACAGAUGUCCAAGUAUGCCAUGCCUAGCUCCACCCCACUCUACCACGACGCUAUCAAGACCAUUGCCACCUCCGAUGACGAGAUGAUGCCAGAUCGCCCUCUGCUGUCCGGAGUCAACAUCGGAGGUAACCCAGGGAACCAUCAGGGCUCUAUGCUGCUGUCCCAGAGUUCCAUUGGGCCCCACAGUGGCCAGCUGUCCCCCAACCCAAUGGGCCUGAACGGUAUGAACCCUGCCAUGAUGGGCGCCGGAGGGGGACCCCUGGACAGGAUGGGGUACAGCUUGUCCCCAAUGCACCCCCAAAACCAGAUGGGAGGGUUCCCUCGCAUGCAGCACCCCUCUCACGGAGGCCCCAUGCACUCCCCUCUGGGCGGUAUGCCCCCCCAGUUCUCCCAACAGAACCCAGAAGAUGUUCUCCCCCCCCAGCAGCUGCAGCACAUGCUCAGUAAGGGCAUGUCCCACCCCCACCAGCGCGGCCCCCACCCCUCGGACUCCUUUUUGGGCCCCGACGGCCCCGACCUGAGUGACGUCAUCCGAACGACCCACUCUGGCAUCCCGGAGUUCGACCUGUCUCGUAUCAUCCCCUCCGACAAGCCCUCCUCCACCCUGCAGUAUUUCCCCAAGGCAGAGGGCAUGUCCGGGGUCCAGCAGGGCCAGGGGAACCACCCUAACCCCCACCAGGGCCAGCCUGGCUCCCAGGGCCCUGGCCCCCCUCCUCCACAGCUCCUGAAACAGCUCUCUGCCCCUGGCCCUCACAGCAAUGCCCCCUCCUCCAACCCUCACAUUGCUAACCUGCAGAACAUGAUGGCAGAACAGCAGCUGCCCCCCCACCCCUCCCACUGCGGGAUGGGUAGACAUGGUAUGGCGGGGAUGCCCCAGGGGGGAUCCCGGGGAAUGGGGGGUCCGGGUGGUCACAUGAUGCAUCCUGGACACAUGAUGGGGAGGACAGGUAUGGGGCCAGGCCCCACCCAGCAACAGCUUCAACAGCAGGCCAUGAUGGCGAACAGCCUCCUCCACGGCGGCCACCUUGGCCCCCAGCCCCACCCAUCCAUGAUGUCUUCCCAACAACACAGCCUAAUGGCCCAGCAGAACCUCAUGCUGAUGCAGGCUAAGCAGAGAAGUAUGGGCCUCCCUGGGGACCCAUUCGGCCAGCAGGGGGGAUCCCUCAUGUCCCCUCAGGGCCCCAUGAUGGGACCGGGCCCCCCACACCCCCAGGGUGGGAUGAUGGGCCCCGGCAUGGGCCCUGGCUCCCAGGGGCCACUCAGACAGAGAGGUAUGUCCCUGGACAGUCCCCUAGGCUACGGCCCUGGCUAACAUGCCCUGCUGAUCCUCCUGAUCCAACAGCCUCCUGCUACAUGUCUGUGGUCAAAAUGGCCCCCUAUUCACUACAUAGUGUGUUUGGGAUGCAGAAUUACUGUAAAAACCUUCUUUUCAAUAGGGUGUUUUUCCAUUGUCUCAUAUGUUUUCAUCAAUGUUAAUACUGUUAUUGCUUCGAAUGGUUAAACAUCCAUUGAUAAUCUUCAUAUUGUUUGGAGUAAAAACUGAUUUGAAAAAAAAUGAAAUAAUAUUGAAGAGCUGUCAUGACAAAGGUUUAAUAAAGAUAUCUGAAGCCAUUUUCUACCAUGUCUGUAAAAUAUGGAACCUUUCACAGAUGACUGUAUUUGUUUUGGACGAGGUUUACGGUUGUGAGGCAAAGCCUAUCGGUUUAUAUAUGUUUGAUAUCAUUGAUUAUUUUUCUCCUCCGGCUACCAAACUGGAAUAUAUAAAUAUAUAUGAUAUAUAUAUAUAUAUAUAUAUAUCUGAUAUAUAUAUAUAUAUAUAGUUGCUGUAUAUAAGAUGCAAUUUGUGAUGAUUGUUUGCAAAUGUUCUGUAUAACUGUGUUUUAAUAGAAGUCAAAAAAAUGAAAGAAUACUGAACUCUA